GGAGGCUCCAUCUGAAAAGGCGCCUCGCCUCGACUUCUCUCGUGUUUACAUUUGUAGGUUUCGUCUCCACUUUGUGUGUCAAACCAAGAAGACCACGACAACAACAGCAGCUUUACACAACGCUACUCGGUUAAUUUAACUGACCGGGAACGAGAGGAAACACUUGUUUUUAACGGGGCAGACGGUGCACAAGGUGGAGAUGUGGCUCAUUGGUUUGUCUACUGAGGAGUCUGACAGCGUCUUAAAGGGCUCUUGAAACAAAGAUUCGGCAUCAAAGAGGCAGACGGACGGACGGGGUAGGAUCUUCCAACACAUUUGUCCUCACAAAUGUAGGCCUAACAGUGCAGGAUGGGUCUACCUGUGGACAGCCCAGACAGAAAUGAAGAUGCACAUAGAUAUGAGGAGCAGGGAGAGGGAGAGGGCGGCGACAGCCAAACUGACGCCUGCAUCCGCACCCCGCCGCCCAUCAACAAGAAGAAGAGGAAAGGCAAGAAGAGACUGUCGAUCAACCUCACCAACUGCAAAUAUGAAAGUGUGCGGCGUGCUGCUCGAGGAUACGGCCUCAGAGAGGUGAUGGAUGGUGACGACUGGACUCUUUUCUGGACCGACUGCUCCGUGUCUCUGGACCGCGUUAAGGACAUGAAGCGUUACCAGAAAAUAAACCAUUUCCCAGGGAUGAGUGAGAUCUGCCGCAAAGAUCUACUGGCCAGAAACAUGAACCGUAUGCUCAAGCUUUUCCCCAAAGACUACAACAUCUUCCCCAGAACGUGGUGCCUCCCCGCAGAUUACAGUGACUUCCAAGCUUACACCAGGGCUAAAAAAUCCAAGACGUAUAUCUGUAAGCCAGAUACCGGCUGCCAAGGGAAAGGCAUCAUCAUCACCAAGUCGAGUAAAGACAUUCAACCUGGAGAACAUAUGAUCUGUCAGGUUUACAUCUCCAGGCCUUUCAUAAUCGACGGAUACAAGUUUGACCUGCGUAUCUAUGUGCUGGUGACGUCAUGUGACCCAUUCAGCAUAUUCAUGUUCAAGGAGGGACUGGUUCGCUUCUGUACCACCAAGUACAACGAACCAACACACGGCAACGUGGAGGAUGUGUGCAUGCAUCUCACCAACUACUCCAUCAACAAGAACAGCGAGAACUUUGUCCGUGAUGAGGACACUGGCAGCAAACGAAAGCUGUCCACCCUGAACAAGCUGCUGGAGUCCAUCGGCUGCAACACAGACAAGAUGUGGACUGACAUCGAGGACGUGAUCGUAAAGACUCUGAUCUCCGCUCACCCAAUCCUCAAGCAUAAUUACCACACGUGCUUCCCGAACCACACCACCGGCAGCGCCUGCUUCGAGAUCCUGGGCUUCGACGUGCUGCUGGAUCACCGGCUCAGACCCUGGGUGCUGGAGGUGAAUCACUCCCCAAGUUUUACCACCGACUCUCAGCUGGACCGCGAGGUGAAGGACGCGUUGCUGUACGACACCCUGGUACUCAUCAACUUGGGCGCCUGCGACCGCCGCAAGAUCACCAAAGAGGAGCGACGCAGGGUGAAGGACAGGCUGCAGCAAAACAGCACCAGAGAGGCCAGGUCGGAGGAGCUGCGUCAGUGCCAGGCAGCCACGGUGGAGCAGAUGGAGAGGUACGAGGCCAAACACCUGGGAGGCUUCAGGAGGAUCUAUCCCAGAGAGGGAGCGGAGAAGUACGAAAAGUACUUCAAACACAGCAGCUCGCUCUUCCAGGAGACGGCAGCGUCCAAGGCCAGAGAGGAGUGUGCCAGGCAACAACUGCAGGAGCUUCGUCUGAAGCAGGAGCAGAAGGAGAGAGACCAGAGAGGAGGCCGGAAGAGAGAGCUGCAGGGGGAGACAGCAGGGGAGAGAGUCAAACCACGACGAGCACAAUCACUACCCCCCAGUCCAAACCGUGACUGUGACCAGCAGCCGCUGCCUCUGUCCGGCGUGGCGCUGGAUCUUGAAGCUGCAGAAGUCCAAGAGGAGGAGGAGGAGAAGGAGCAGGGAAAGGAGGAGAAGGAGGCAGACGUGGAGGAGCAGGAGCGGGUCGACGCGCUCCUCCAGAGGAAGAAACUACUGCAGGACCUCGGGGUGGUGGACCAGAUCAGGCAGCUGCUGCAGGGCCUGACAGACAGAGGGGGAGUCCUGCAGGACGCCUGCAGCCAGCAGCAGAGACAUCAGCCUCAUCAGAGACAGCAGAUCAGGUUGGACUCUUUGACACAGUUUUCCCAAAGGACAAAGCAGCAGCCCUGCAUCUCACGGCAGCACAUCCACUACCACAUGACUCAGCAGCACCUGAUCCGGCCCACGGUGGACCAGAGGAGCCUGAACGAGUCGGAGCCCGAGAGCCACAACCGAGGGGGAGAAAUACACAGGACCAUCAGCGCCCAGCGGAUCCACUGGCCAGUCGGAAGCUCUCUGGCGGUCAAGCAGGACACCGGGAGCAGCAGCUACACCGACGGCCGGUCCCGUCCCAGCAUCCCGGUCAUAAACCACCACGUCCCCAGAGGAGGAGACCCUCGCUGUGCCUACAAGUCCCACGACCCCGCGGCCCUGCAGAGCCUGCUCGUCAUCUCCGCGCGAGCCCCCCUGGUCAGGAGGCCUGGCUUCUCUCACAUCGGCCACCACUCAUCCCGCAGAGCCCCCCAACAGCAGCAGCAGCACGGCAAAGGCCAGUGAGGAGCAACCAGACCACCAGGCAGGUUACCACCACUGGAGACCUGCAGGAGAAGUGGAGGUAGAGAGACUUUAAACUGUGAACACACAGAAACACACUGUGCCUACGAUGAGUAUCUCAUGUUCUUAGAUAGAUUUUAUAUCUGGACUCCUGCAGUUUACUCUGCUUGCCACUACACAAUCUCCAACAACAUUAUGGCUUUUUAACUUUUUCUACCGACUGUGUGUGCUCACAUAUGUGUAAUAUUUUGCUCUGGGGACGAAUUAUCUCAAACAAACCUCACAGUGCCAAAAAUAAAAAGGCUGAUUUAACACCGUACAGCAUCUGUGGACCACAUCCUAAGAAGAAAAUGUACCAGGAUCAAAUAAACUCACUGAUUAUUAUGAGCUGAUAUGUACUGUAUGUCUCAGUGAAACCAAAUUAAUAUGGGAGUAUUAUUUAUUAAGAUUAAAACCAUAUUUGAAGAUGAAGUGAGGGAUAAAAAUAAAGGCCUCCUGCUUCAAGGAAACUUUGUUUGUACAGUCAAGUAUUGCAUUUUUUUGCACUGAUAAAUAAUAAAAUAUCUUCAUUUUUUUUU